CAGUCGAUUGUGUUGAUGGGGGUCAUAUCUCAAUACCUGCUCACUCGGCUGGUGAGUUUUUCUUUGGGAGAUGAGGGAGUGGAUACUGUUGAAGAGGCUCUUUCACAGAUUCCGCUUCUCGUUGAUGCUUAUCGGCUCUCCAGGGCAGAAGUUAUUCUAGAGGUCUGGACCAACAAAGUCAGCCUGAAAGACAGAAACAGCCAGGAAUUGGAGGAGUUUGCCGUGUCGUCUCUUCUCCGCUGCGAUUGCAUUAAUUCCCCAUCUGUCAGUGAUCCAUCCCUUCUCCUGCUGGUUAGUCAGAGCUGCACCCAGAAGAGGCCAAGCGUGUAUUUCUUCAGCUCUGCAUCUGUCAAAUCAGAGAACAUCAGAGAUGACAUCAAGCGAGUCGUGGCGCAUUACACAAUAAGAGCAAACAGGCUCUCAGAGUCCAGUAUGAAUAUUUCGGGAAUCCCGAGUCCACCGUACACCCAAGCCCCAAAUCCACCCUCACCUAACCCUCCUCCACCCUACCCCGGCACCAGAGCUAACGGAUUGGUGAACGGUCAACCUGAUAAAUCAUUCCUUAGGGCUGAGAUGGAAGUGGAGUUGCUUAAUCACUGUUUUGAUGAUAUCGAAGCGUUCAUCGGAAAGCUGCAGCAGUCAGCGGAGGCUCAGAUUAUCCUCGAGCAAAGGAGCAAAAAGAAGAAGAAAAGCCAGAAGAAAAGUGCAGAUGAGGAUCUGCUCACAGCUAAAGCCAAACCGCCUUCUGAGAAAGAGUUUCUCGACACUUUUCAGAAGUUCAAAUACAGCUUCAGUCUGUUGGCACGGUUAAAAUUUGCCAUCUCCAAUCCGACCUCAGAGGAGCUGGUGCAUUACAUCUUUAAACCACUCGAAAUGAUCGUGAAGGCUACAGGAGGUCCUGGUUUCGCAGCAUCCGUCUCCAGCCCGGCUAUGACACAAGGAGCCGUGACUCUGCUACAGAACAACCUGACAGCACAGGAAAAUGCAUUAUGGGUGUCUUUAGGGCCCAACUGGACACAACACAGAUCUGCUCUGCGGAGCCCCGUGGCGCCGUACACACUCGUGUUUCAGGACGGAUGGAAACCGCCGGGGUCACACGCUGCUGGAUGGGUCGAUCCUGUGGAGCUGGAACACAGACAGGACGCAGAGAUCUCAAAAGUAGAGCUGACUCCGUCUGACCGUCACACUGCUCCCGUUCAGACUACAGACCAACCUGAUGGCGGAAAUAAAGAGCGCUUGUAUCGCUGCAGUUAUGACUUUGUUGCAAGGAACAACAGUGAGCUGUCUGUACUUCACGGAGAGACACUAGAGGUGGUGGAGUCCUCUAACCGCUGGUGGAAGUGUCGUAAUAAGUUUAAUGAAGUGGGAUUCGUGCCGUUUAACAUCCUGGAGCCGGUGACACACAUCGACAACCCUGUGCUUCACAAAACCCCAAAGCCUCCCGCUGCUCCACCGAUGUUCAACACCCUGCCCAGCAUGUCCACCGCGACCUCUGACCCCAGGAGCACACGGCCACGCAGCAUGAUCCUCGGAUCCAUGUCUGAUGACACGGAGAAAGUGAUGCAGGUGAAUGAUGAGCUGCUUCACCGUUUGACCAGUGGGAAGAAUCUGUCUCCUCGUCUGGUCAUCCCUCGCUCGGCAGAGACGUCCAUCCCGCUGGACUACAGCUCGCCGCCCGCUGAGGUGGAAAACUGGCUGCGCAAGAAAGGCUUCAGUGAACCGACUGUCCAGUGUCUGCGGGUUCUGAACGGAGCUCAGCUGUUCUCUCUGAAUAAAGAAGAGCUACGCGCUGUUAUUCCUGAAGAGGGCGCUCGAGUCUACAGUCAGCUGACCGUCCAGAGAGCGCAGAUAGAGGACGCUCACAGAGCCACAGAGCUGGAGACGGUGAUGGAGAAGCAGAAGAUGAAGAUGGAUUUGACACAAGAGAGUGGAACUUUAUAGAGAUCUAUUAAAUGUGCACAUGUGAUACACACCAAGAUCAUUUACCUUAUUGUAACCUGCUUCAAAGAUGAUUUUGUUUUCCGGUUUAGCUUUACAGCAUGAAAUGUAAAAUGUAAAUCUUCACAAUUGUGUACAAACCUCUGUGUAAUAUGGGUUAAUAUAUUCUCAAUAAAUGCAUUUAAUGCACUAA